UAGUGGCGGGAGGGGGAUACAGGCGGCUGCUGAAGGCGGCUACUGCAUUCAAGGGGCCUUCAGAUACCGCAAUGACCAAUGAAAAGAAACUGAAAUUAGAAAGCUCUUUCCUUUAGCCGGAAGUGCCGCAGGAACUUCUGGGUCACGUGGGGACAAGCGCCAAAGGGCCGAGAUGAAGAAAUAGAGCAGGCUUUCUUAUCCUGUACCUUUAAAAUCGGGCUUGGUGAAGCUGGGACGCUGCCUUAAAGAGGCUCAUUCUCCGUCUCUUUCACGUUUGUUCCCCCUGCUGUUUGCGUGAGCGCCGUAUUUUCCUCAGUGGCGAUAGUGACCGACUUAGCCGGAUUAGCCGACUUCCGCCCGUGGCUAAGAUGGUGGUCGAGCAGCCUUCGUAACCUUUACGGGGCUGGGCGGUGUUGACGCCAGAGCUGGCGUGGGUGGAGCGGUUGGUAAACAGCAAAUGCCGGAACUGAAGCGUCGGGGUCAGCGAUGGACUGGAAAGAAAUUCUGCGCCGGCGGUUAGCGAUGCCCAACACCGGUCCAAACAAAAAAAAAACUGAACAAGAAUUAAAAGAUGAAGAAAUGGAUUUAUUUACCAAAUAUUAUUCAGAAUGGAAAGGAGAUAGAAAAAACACAAAUGAAUUCUAUAAGACCAUACCCCGGUUUUAUUACAGGCUGCCAGCUGAAGAUGAAGUCUUACUACAGAAAUUAAGAGAGGAGUCCAGAGCUGUCUUUCUGCAAAGGAAAAGCAGAGAACUCUUAGAUAAUGAAGAAUUACAGAACUUGUGGUUUUUGCUGGACAAGCACCAGACACCACCCAUGAUUGGAGAGGAAGCAAUGAUUAAUUACGAAAAUUUUUUGAAGGUUGGUGAAAAGGCUGGACCAAAGUGCAAGCAAUUUUUCACAGCAAAAGUUUUUGCUAAACUCCUUCAUACAGAUUCCUAUGGAAGAAUUUCCAUCAUGCAGUUCUUUAAUUAUGUCAUGAGAAAAGUUUGGCUUCAUCAAACAAGAAUAGGACUCAGCUUAUAUGAUGUUGCUGGUCAAGGGUAUCUUCGGGAGUCUGAUUUAGAAAACUACAUAUUGGAACUUAUCCCUACUUUACCACAGUUAGAUGGGCUGGAAAAAUCUUUUUACUCCUUUUAUGUUUGUACGGCAGUUAGGAAGUUCUUCUUCUUUUUAGACCCUCUACGAACAGGGAAGAUAAAAAUUCAAGAUAUUUUAGCAUGCAGCUUCCUAGAUGACUUAUUGGAGUUAAGGGAUGAGGAACUGUCGAAGGAGAGUCAAGAAACAAACUGGUUUUCCGCUCCCUCUGCGCUAAGGGUGUAUGGCCAGUAUUUGAAUCUUGAUAAGGAUCACAAUGGCAUGCUCAGUAAAGAAGAACUCUCCCGCUAUGGAACAGCAACCAUGACCAAUGUCUUCUUAGACCGUGUUUUCCAGGAGUGUCUCACUUAUGAUGGAGAAAUGGACUAUAAGACUUACCUGGAUUUUGUUCUUGCAUUGGAAAACCGAAAAGAACCAGCAGCUCUGCAGUAUAUUUUCAAAUUGCUUGACAUUGAGAACAAAGGAUAUCUGAAUGUCUUUUCCCUUAAUUAUUUCUUUAGGGCCAUACAGGAACUAAUGAAAAUCCAUGGACAGGAUCCUGUUUCAUUUCAAGAUGUCAAGGAUGAAAUCUUUGAUAUGGUAAAACCAAAGGAUCCUUUGAAGAUUUCUCUUCAGGAUUUAAUCAACAGUAAUCAAGGUGACACAGUCACCACCAUUCUAAUUGAUCUGAAUGGCUUUUGGACUUACGAGAAUAGGGAAGCCCUUGUUGCAAAUGAUAAUGAAAAUUCUACGGACCUUGAUGAUACAUGAUCUCGCAAAGACUAGACUUUAUUCAUUAAGAUAAGUCUGAAUGCUACAUGUAAAACCUUUGAAGCAGAAUCCUUAGAAAUGGUCUAAAUAAAACAGUUCAUAUGCCUAUAGAAUACAGCAAAUGUUCUGGUUAUUGGAAUUUUGGUGGCAGUUGUCUAGAAGCAAUGGGACCAAAUUACGAGGUCAUAAAUUCUGAUUCUAAGCGCUUAGCUCAAAUGUGGCAGGUGUGAUUUGGUGAAGAGAGGAGUCCACUUUAAGUCUGUAUAAUCUUCAGAAGUAAAAGGAAGUUUUCAGGUAAUAUUGCUGACAUGAGUCAUUAAGAAUUUGAAUAUUGGAAGGAUAGUUUAAAUUCCACCAUUUAACCUUGAAUCUUCUUCUAAAGUAUUAGGUAUAUCAAAGAUUAUGGACUUUCCCAUUCAUCAGAGUAAAGCCAUUUCAUUUCUGGGAAGUGGUUGGAUAUGAUGUUUAUUUUAACAGGAUGUUUCAAUAAAAAGUAUUCAAAUUA